UUAUCCGUCAGAGAGGUAGACUGGCAGGAUUUUCCUUGUAUGUAUCGAACACAACAGAAAUCAACAACAGUUAUCUGUGUUACAAGGGCGGACCAGAUUUACCUCCCUUAGAUGUGAUCAAUAUUUGUACCAUUCAUGGACGUUACAUUAUUUUCUACAACGAAAGAUGCAAGGAUGUGUCGUAUCCUGCUGGCUACGAAACUCUAUUUGUAACAGAGUUAUGUGAAGUGAAUGUGAUGGGUUGUGAUGAAAAUAGUCAUUAUGGACAGAACUGUGAUCUUGCAUGUCCUCUUCACUGCCAGGAGAGAAGAUGUAAUAUAAUAAAUGGAACCUGUCUAGGUUGUACAGCUGGCUGGACAGGAGAGUUUUGUAACAAAACAUGCAUGUUUGGAUACUAUGGUAUGGAGUGUAAAGCAAGGUGUACAGGUCGUUGUCUUGGUGGUGCUUCCUGUCAUCAUAUUAGUGGACGAUGUGAACGCGGCUGCGAGGAAGGAUGGAUCUUUCCCAAUUGUGAUCAACCUUGUCAGGAUGGAUUUUAUGGGCGUAACUGUACGUACAAAUGCAGCGGUAAAUGUAGAAAUAAAUUACCGUGUGACAAGGCAAGUGGAAAAUGUGACAGCUGUGCACCUGGGUACAUUGGACAUUUUUGCAAUGAUUCAUGUUCAAAAGGCAAUUAUGGUCUAAAUUGUUCUGAGAUCUGUAAUAUCAAAUGCCGAGGUCAAAACUGCUUCCAUGAAAAUGGAUUUUGUACUGAGGGAUGUGAAGAUGGAUUCCAUGGAACGACAUGUGCAGAAAGUAUGUUAUCGACAAAUGCAAGGAAGGAUUGUAUGGAGUCAACUGCUCUAGACAUUGCAGUUUUAACUGCCAGAGGGAAGUGUGUCACAAUGUACAUGGAGAGUGUAGCUAUGGAUGUAAACCAGGAUGGACAGGUUCAAACUGCAGUCAAG